AUGGAAGUCGAGAAUAUAAACGUAGAAGAAUUUCUGCCCGCCAAAAACCCUAUAAAAUUAAAAAAUGUUAAGCGGAAAACUGUAUCCGAAUCUGGCGAAGGUAUGGAUGUGGAAGUAGCAACUCAAUCGAAACCUAAACGUAAGAAGGGAAAGAAAUUGAAGAAGAUCAAUGAACCUAAUGAAAGUAAAGUAAAUAUGAGAAAAAUAGCUGUACCAGCACACAGAUACACACCUUUAAGAGAGAAUUGGUUAAAAAUAUUCACACCUAUAGUUGAGCACUUAUUGUUACAAGUUAGAUUCAAUACAAAAACUCGCAAUGUUGAGAUCCGAGUUGGUCCAGAAACAAAGGACAUUGCAAAUCUACAGAAAGCGGCUGAUUUUGUUAAGGCUUUCAUAUAUGGUUUUGAAGUUGAUGAUGCCCUAGCCUUACUGAGAUUGGACGAUUUAUUUGUUGAAUCCUUUGAAAUUAAGGAUGUGAAGACAUUACAAGGUGAUCAUUUGGGAAGAGCUAUCGGCAGGUUGGCCGGUAAAGCCGGACGAACAAAGUUCACUAUAGAAAAUGUUACUAAAACCAGGAUAGUAUUGGCCGACUCAAAAAUUCAUAUAUUGGGCAGUUUCCAGAAUAUAGCCUUAGCGAGACGAGCCAUUUGUAACUUGAUAAUGGGUUCACCACCAUCCAAAGUUUACGGGAAUCUAAGGAAUGUUGCCAAAAGGGUCGCGGAGAGAUUUUAG